AAAAACAUUUACUAUGAAAACACGGCAGAAAAUUCAAACAGUGCAAGUUGGCUAUCUGUGUUUCUAUCAUUAGAGGCUAUCCUGUAUGUGGUCCUUUCGUCUUUUUUUCACAUAUAUAUAAGCACAGACUCAGAACAAUAAUUACUGAUGCAUAGAUUUUUUCAAUGUGCUGGGUUAUUUCUUCCCACUUGUAUCGGUUUGCUAGAUUUGCCCUAACAAAGCACCACACACUGGCGGCUUACGACAACAAGAGUAUUCUCUCCCAGGUCUGGAAGCCAGAAGUCCAAGAUCAAGGCGUGGGCAGGGCUGGCUCCUUCAGGCCACGAAGGAGGAUCUGUUCCACACUCCCUCCCAGCCGCUGGUGGUCUGCGGGCCAUCUUUGGCACUCCUGGCUUGUAGAAGCACUACCCUGACCUCUGCCUCCAUCUUCAAACAGCGUUCUCCCUCUGUGUGUGCACGUCUGGGUCCAAAUCUACUCUUUUUAUACGGAAAAGAGUCGUGUUGAGUAGGGCCAUCCUAAUGGCCUCGUUUAAACUUGACGACCUCUGUAAAGGCCCUAUCUCUAAACAAGGUCACAUUCUGAGGUGCAGGGGGUGAGGACUUCAACAUAGGAACUUGGGGGCACGGUUCAGCCACAGAACCACCAAACUGCAGACUAGAGAGACCCACUCCCCUGUCCUCUCCCGUGGAUGCACCAGGACUCCACAGGCACCCGCUUAUCUGUCCCUCAUGUAUUUACAAGGACACUUCGGGGACAUUCCCAGGUGGGUGAACCGGCUCAAUGGCUGCUGCCAUCUUGCCAGCUGACCUGGCGGCCCCAGCAGAGCGUUUCUUCGAGUCUUUGCCGAGAAGAUGGUUACUACGUUUCAGCCCGUGAACCAUCUCUUGUUCUGCUUUGUUUCUUGGACUAAGUGUGCGGUGGGACACGUCCUCCCAUCUUCUCUCCGUGUCUUAUCUCCUUUUCUCUGAACCACCUGUUUGUUCAUUAUCCGUUUCACCGUUUUUCUUAUGGAUUUGUAAGGGUAUUUUUAUACACAGAGAAAUACACAGACAUCUGGUGAACACGAGCAGGUGUGGAGGGGCCUCGGGCCCUUCUCCAGGGCGGUGGUUUGCGGGUCCGGAAGCAGGAAAGUGGGGGUGGGCUCGCCCGCCACGUUGUCAAGGAGCAGCCAAAAUACUGGUGGUGCAGUGGCAGCAGGUGCAGGGGAGGCCCAGGCCCCAGAAAGGGGCUGCCCGAACUCCACAGGGUAUCAGGGUCAGCCCCCAGGCUCCAGGGGUGGCAUGCUGGUGUGGGGUCCACGAAGGGGCCACGAGGCUGGAGGCCCUGGGGAAGGAGGCCCAGGCGCCGGGCAGAUCCCGCUCUCGGCCACCUGGCGGCGCAGAGCAUUCUGGCUCCCAGGCGGAGUGGGGGAGGUGCAGCGGGUGACCCAACGGGUGGAGCGGGUUGUGGGUUCCAGUCAAGUCAGGGGGCUGGGCAGGGCGGGCGCACACCUGAGGGCUGCAGGCUUCCCAUCUCCCCUGGGUUUUUCCUCCCAGCCCAGUGUGGUGUGGGCAGACCCCAUGGGUCAGGAGGUCGUGGCUUCUAAGAGCCUUCUGGUGCUUCUUUUGAAAGGUUAAGAGGGGGAGAAGCCUGCGUUGGGAGACAGGGGUGUGGGGUGGGCUGGGAAGAGACACCUGAGCCAGGCUCAUCCCCUACGAGUGGCAGAACGUCUGGAAUGUGGGCCGGGCGGGUGCGGGGGGGAGACAGGGGGACGGGGACGGGACACGGACCUGCAUGACAGAGCUCAGUUCUUGGGAGGGGGCAUCCCUUCCAGGCGAGCUGAUCACUCCUGUAAUGUCCUGGUAAUGCCAAUGGGGAAACUGAGGCUGGGGGCAGGCUAUUCAUCUCUCCUACCCACUCCCUGGCUUUCUGGGCUGGGGUCCCCAAAAGACAAAGUGCUGUUCACUGCAGGGAGGGCUGUGGGGUCCACAAUGGGGGUGAUCUUGACCCAGAACCGCCCCCUCCCAGGCUGGUGCCCCUCACUCCCUGCCUCCCGGUCCAGUGGUCUUGGCCCCCAUCACUACCCUCCCAUGGUCCAUGGUGAGCUCAGCCUGCACCAGGCAGCUUGGUCUCAGCCUCACAGGCCCAAGGCCAGUCCUGAGCAUCAGGUCCCCUCAUCGUCACACCCUCACGCUCAAACAGCGAGCCCUGUCCACCUUGUCUGCCCCUGUAGGUGACCUGAGGGGCGGGCGCUGGGUUGCGGAGGGCGGGGCACCCAGGAGCCUUUAAGAGCUCCCCAGGUCCCACCCACCUGUGCCCUGCCACUGCAGCUCCCCGCCAUGGCUGAAACCUCCAAGCUCCAGCUGUUUGUCAAGGCAAGCGAGGACGGCGAGAGCGUGGGGCACUGCCCUUCUUGUCAGCGGCUCUUCAUGAUCCUGCUUCUCAAGGGCGUGCCCUUCACGCUCACCACCGUGGACAUGCGCAGGUCCCCGGAUGUGCUGAAAGACUUCGCCCCCGGCUCCCAGCUGCCCAUCCUCCUCUAUGACGGCGACGCCAAAACGGACACGAUGCAGAUUGAGGAGUUUCUGGAGGAGACGCUGGGGCCCCCCGAGUUCCCCAGCUUGGCACCCCGCUACAGGGAGUCCACCACGGCGGGCAAUGACGUCUUCCACAAGUUCUCCGCGUUCAUCAAGAACCCGGUGCCCGCGCAGGACCAUGCCCUGUACCAGCUGCUGCUGCGCGCCCUGGCCCGACUGGACAGCUACCUGCGCGCGCCCCUGGAGCACGAGAGGGCGCGGGAGCCGCAGCUGCGCGAGUCGCGCCGCCGCUUCCUGGACGGCGACCAGCUCACCCUGGCCGACUGCGGCCUGCUGCCCAAGCUGCACAUCGUGGACACGGUGUGCGCGCACUUCCGCCAGGCGCCCAUCCCCGCCGAGCUGCGUGGUGUCCGCCACUACCUGGAGAGAGCACUGCAGGAGAAGGAGUUCAAGUACACGUGUCCUCACAGCGCCGAGAUCCUGGCGGCCUACCGGCCUGCCGUGCACCCCCGCUAGCGCCCCCGCUGCCACCCUGACCACUUCUCUGCAGCCCCAUAAAGGCAUCUGCCCCAGUAAGCGUGUCCUGA